AUGGUUGAGAGCAAAUCCCAAAAGACUUAUCCCGCAAACCUCCGGGCCAUCACCCCUGCUGCAGACUGGUCUGAAGACAGCCGAUCUCAUCCUGGGUUCCGUAUCCACGGCACGGACGACAACCCUGGCCCGAAGGCCUACUACAUUCACCUCGAGGCUAAGCCUGGCAAGGAGGAGCUAGUCGCCGAGUUCCUGAAGGACAUCAACAAAGGGGUUCACCAAGAACCGGGCACGGGACCUUGGUUCGGGCUCAGAUACUCGCAGACUACCUUCGCCAUCUUCGAGGCCUUCUCGAGCUCCGAGACUCGUCACGACCAUGAUGUUGGGCCUGGCGGACGUAAUUUCCUGCGCGUGGAUCUCCUCAAGGAUAUGCUAGCCUAUCCUGCACAGAUCCACAGGCUGGAUGUACUGCAUGGGAAGGGCGAGUUUGGAAAAGAGCUGCUGCCUUUGCCGAAGUUGUAG